AUGAGUAAUACAACAACUUCAAGCUCAUCGAUAUUAUUUUCAUUUUUUAAAAGGGACAAUAGCGGGGGAAUUGAAAAAAAUGAAAUUAAAAAAACACUUACAAAAAAAAGACAACCCCUCACAAAUAAAAGAAAAGAUCCUUGGGGUUCAGAUUCAGAACCAGAUGAACUCAGUUUACCAAACAAAAAGCAUACAAUUAAUAAAAUCACAAAUGCUUUAUUAAUGGAUGAUGAUGGGGGUGAAAAUGAAAAUGACAAAGACGAUGAAAACAAUGAAAAUGCUAGAAUCCAAAUUAAAGAUUCAAGUGAAAAUAAAAAAAAAGAUGUUGCAAUUAAUAAAAAUAAUAAAGAAAGUAUUAAUAAUAAUAAUAAUAAUAAUAAUAAUAAAACUAUUAAUUACAAUAAUGAAAAUGAAAGAAAGAACAUAAAAUCAUUGCUUUCGAAAACUUUUGAAUCAAUAUCUUCAAUAACCACCUCACCAUUUAGAUUAAAAACCCUUGAGAAACCUCCACCAAAAGAGCAACUACAAAACUCAAUCAUCAAUAAACAAUUACAAAAACCACUUCCAUCUGACUCAAAACCAAAAUAUACAGAACAACAUUUAAAAUCAAAAACAGCACACCAAAAAUCAACCUUAAAUCAAUCAUUAGAACCAAAUGAUCAACAAACACCAAAUUCAAUAGAUCAAUCUUUGGAAACAAACCAACCUUUAUAUUUAGAAUCACCCAAAAAAACUGCACAACAUCAAACAGGUAAUAUAGAUCCAUCCAAAACAAAAACUACAACUUCUGCUAAAACCCCAUCAACUGCAUCUCUACCAAUAGCAAAUGAUAAUGGAAUGAAGAAUUCUGAUAAUGAUAGUAAUAAGACUAGUGACUAUACCACCAGCGAUUUUAAUUCUAGUGGUGAUAACAGUAAUGAUUAUAACGAUUUUAAUCAUAGCAAUAAUAGAGAUGAUCACAAUGGAUAUAGUGGUAUUGAACCAAUAAAUGAAAAAGAAAAAGAAAAAGGAAAUGAAAAUGAAAAUGAAAAUGAAAAUGAAAAAGGAAAUGAAAAUGAAAAUGAAAACGAAAAUGAAAAAGAAAAAGAAAAUGAAAAUGAAAAUGGAAACGAAAGAAAAAAAGAAAACGAAAGAAAAAAAGAAAACGAAAGAAAAAAAGAAAACGAAAGAAAAAAGAAAACAGAAAAAGAAAUACAGAACAAAGAAAAUAAAAUUCAAAAUAUUAAAAGUAAAACUCCUACCAAAAAUUCAACCUUAAAAAUGGAGGCUACAAAAGAGUGUAGACAUGAAAUUUGUUUAAAGGGUGCAAAUGGUUCCAAAUUCACUAAUAAUUCAAAAGACCACGUUUUAAGACAUGAAAAUUCUUCUCACUAUGAUUGUAGUACGAAUUGCCAAAUGGAAAAAGGACAUAACCCAAAACCAAAAUUUAAAUGUGGCUUAUGUAAUUCAUAUUACUCUACUAAAAGAUAUAAUUUAAUAAGACAUAUUAAAGCGAUUCAUAAAGAUAAAAAAACUGAUAUUAAUGGUGAAGAAAUCAGUAAAAUUGAGAAUGAGUUGAAAAAAAAAAAAGAAUGUAAACAUUGUAACAAAAUCUUUUCGACUCAAAGCAAUCUUACCAAACAUAUCAGAAAGUUUCACAAGAAAUCAAUUGACACAAUCACUAGAUUCAGUUGUGAAAUAUGUGAUUCUAGCUUUAAAAGAAAUGAUUACCUUUUAAAACAUAUCAAAUCGAACCAUCCAAAAAUACAAUAUAACCUUGAUGAUAAUAAUAAUGGUGACGAUAAUUACGAUGAAGACGACUAUGAUGAUGAGGACAAUUAUGAUGAUGAUGAUAAUGAAGAAGAAGAAGAAGAAGAUGAUGAUGAUGAUGAUGAUGUUGAUGAUGGUGAUGAUGAUAAUAAUAAUAAUAAUAAUUAUCAUAAUGACCACACCCUUUAUAAUAAUAAUAAUAAUAAUAAUAAUAAUAAUAAUAAUAAUAAUAAUAAUAAUAAGGAGUGCCCAGCCCAGAACUCUGUAUCAGGCCAGAACUCUGACUCUGAUUCAGACCAGAACUCUGAUUCUGAAUCAAACCAGAACUCUGACUCUGAUUCAGAAUCGAGCUUGAGCUCUUCUUUUGAGUCUGGUAUAGAACCUUCCUCAGAUGAAUCAGAUUUAUCAGAACCAGAUAUUUCAUCAGAACCAGAAAAUAAACCAUCCUCAAAAGUUUCUUUUAAAUCAAAAACAAACUCAACAUUAGAAUCAAAUUAUGAGUAUCAAGAUAUUGAUACAUGUGAAUCUCAAACCAACAAUGAUACAAAUGUUUCCAAAGAUUCAAUUUUCAUCAGCAUUAGUGAAAUAGACGGCAGUAGUAGUGAUAGUGAUGAAUAUUUUACUGAUGCCGAAGAUACUCUUUAG